AUGAGAUAUAAGUCUGGGUGUUCACUUGCAACAGCCUGCAGAGAUCCAGGUAUUCCCAUGAAUGGCAGUCGCUAUGGAGAAGGGCGGGAGCCUGGCGACUCCGUGACCUUCUCUUGUGAUCCGGGAUAUGAAUUGCAGGGAGAGAGCAGGAUCACCUGCAUCCAAGUGGAAAAUAGAUACUACUGGCAACCCAGCCCUCCAAGCUGCAUCGCUCCAUGUGGUGGGAAUGUGACCGGAUCUUCUGGCUUCAUCCUCUCUCCAAACUACCCACACCCGUACCCACACAGCAAAGACUGUGACUGGCUGAUUGCAGUUCACUCUGACUAUGUCAUAUCUCUGGCUUUCAUCAGCUUCAGCAUUGAACCAAACUAUGACUUUUUGUACAUAUAUGAUGGGCCUGAUACCAGUGCUCAUCUGAUUGGAAGUUUCCAAGACAGUAAACUUCCAGAGAAGAUUGAGAGCACUUCCAACUUCAUGUACUUGGCAUUUCGUAGUGAUGGCACUGUGAGCUACACUGGCUUUCAUUUGGAAUACAAAGCAAAACUGCGGGAGGCCUGUUUUGAUCCAGGGAAUGUAAUGAACGGCACUAGAAUGGGUGUAGACUACAAGCUGGGAUCUAUGGUGACAUUUCACUGUGAGGCUGGCUACCUCCUUCAGGGCCACUCUACACUCACGUGUGUCAUGGGCAACAGCAAGAGACCAGAAUGGGACAGAACUAAACCUACCUGUCAAGCUCCCUGUGGAGGUCACUUUACUGGUUUCGAGGGAACUGUUCUGUCUCCGAACUACCCGCAUAAUUACACAAGAGGUCAAAGCUGUGUCUAUGACAUCUUUGUCCCUGGAGACUUUGUGCUCUUUGGUCAGUUUGUGGUGUUCCAGACUUUGCCCACUGAUGUGGUCGAAAUCUAUGAUGGGCCUUCAACAGAUUCAGCUCUACUCACUUCCAUUUAUGGAUCUCACUCAGGGGAGACGCUCCCUUUAAGUUCGGGAAACAAGAUGACACUAAAGUUUUCUGCAAACGGAACAGACACAGCCAAAGGAUUUCAUUUUGUUUACCAAGCUGUACCUCGGACAAGCGCCACUCAGUGUAGCUCAGUCCCUGAGCCCCGAUUUGGGAAACGGAUAGGGAAUGACUUUGGCAUCGGCAUGGCGGUGCUCUUUGAAUGCAAUCCAGGCUACACGCUGCACGGCUCCAAUGCCAUCAGGUGCGAGGCCGUGCCCAAUGCCCUGGCCCAGUGGAAUGGCACAGUUCCCACAUGUGUUGUUCCCUGUGGUGGAGUGUUAACUGAACGUCGAGGAACCAUCCUCUCUCCUGGAUACCCUGAGCCAUACUCAAAUUAUCUGAACUGUGCUUGGAGAAUAACUGUUCCUGAGGGAGCGGGUAUACAAAUCCAGGUUGUGACCUUUGCGACGGAACAUAACUGGGAUUCACUAGACUUUUUUGACGGCGUGGAUGGCAAUGCUCCAAGGCUUGGGAGCUACUCGGGUACAACAAUCCCCCAACUGCUGAACAGUACAUCCAACAACCUGUACUUGACCUUCCAGUCUGACAUCAGUGUAUCUGCUGCUGGUUUCCACUUGGAGUACACAGCAAUAGGUUUGGAUUCGUGCCCAGAGCCGGCGCCUCCCAGUAACGGCCAAAAAGUGGGGGAUCGCUACACUGUGGGUGACAUGGUCUCCUUCCAAUGUGAUCAAGGCUUUUCUUUGCAGGGUAAUGCAUAUAUUACCUGCAUGCCUGGACCUGUCAGGCGAUGGAACUAUCCUGUACCUUUGUGUAUAGCUCAGUGUGGAGGCUCCAUGACAGACUUCAGCGGCGUCAUCCUCAGCCCAGGCUUUCCAGGGAAUUACCAGAGCAGCCUGGACUGCACCUGGAGAGUUCAACUCCCCAUUGGCUUCGGGAUCCACCUGCAGUUUCUGAACUUCUCCACAGAGCCUGUUCAUGACUAUUUGGAGGCGCGCAGCGGUACUCUUGAGACGGGAACAGUGAUAGAUCGUUUCAGCGGCCCAGUGGUGCCCAAUUCUCUCUUUAGCACCACACACGAGACCACACUCUUCUUCCACAGUGACUAUUCCCAGAACAAGCCUGGUUUCCACAUUGUCUACCAGGCAUACGAGCUGCAGAGAUGUCCCGACCCCCGUCCGUUUCGUAACGGCAUAGUGAUUGGUCAGGACUACAGUGUGGGGAUGACCAUUUCUUUUGAGUGUCUUCCGGGUUACACUCUGAUCGGAGAAGCCUCUCUCACGUGUCUGCAUGGAGUCAGCAGAAACUGGAAUCACCCCAUACCUCGCUGUGAAGCUCUCUGUGGUGGGAAUAUAACAUCCAUGAAUGGUACAAUUUACUCCCCUCGACACCCUGCCGAGUACCCACACUUCCAGGACUGCAUGUGGACUGUCAGAGUACCUCCAGGGUACGGCAUCUACAUAAAUUUCUCUGUUAUCAAUACGGAGCCCAUCUAUGACUACAUCACUGUGUGGGAUGGACCCGACCAGACCUCGCCUCAAAUUGGCCAGUUCAGCGGCACCUCUGUGCAGGAAGGCGUGUCCACCACAGCCAAUCAGGUCCUCAUCAAGUUUCACAGCGACUUCAGUACCAGCGGCUUCUUCGAGCUCCAUUAUUAUGCUUACCAGCUGAGAACUUGUCAGCCACCCCCUACCGUCGCCAACGCCACUAUCCUAACCGAUGAUGACGAGUUUGAAAUAGGAGACAUUAUCCGGUACUCAUGCCAGCCAGGCUUCACCUUGGUGGGUAGCGAGAUCCUGACCUGCCGCCUCGGCGAGAGGCUACAGAUGGAUGGGCCGCCACCAGUCUGUCAAGUGCAAUGUCCAGCAUAUGAGGUGCGCUUUGAUUCAACAGGAGUGAUCUUAAGUCCUGGCUAUCCUGAAAACUACUCCAAUCUUCAGACGUGCUCCUGGCUGAUCAAUGUAGAGAAGGGCUACAACAUCACUCUGCACUUUGAACUGUUUGAGACAGAAAAAGAGUUUGACAUCUUGGAAAUAUUUGAUGGUCCAAACAUCUACAGUCAGAGUCUUUCAACCCUCAGCGGAGACAUGGAGACUCCCUUCAAUCUGACAACCACAGGCCACCAGCUGCUGCUGCGCUGGUCCACUGACCACGCCACCAACCGUCGCGGCUUCCACAUCAGAUAUGUGGGUGAGUAUCAAAGUAUGUAUCCUUCUUAUAAUCAUAUUCUCUUUUUAUGACUGUUAUAUUUAAAU